UCUUUCCAAUUUCUUGAAAUUAUGAAUAGAGCAGCAAUGAACAUGAUUGAGCAAGAAUCUCUGUAGUAAAAUAUAAGAGUCCUUUGGAUAUAUGCCCAAGAAUGGCAUAGCUGGAUCUUUAGGUAGAUCUAUUCCCAGCUUCCUGGGGAAACAUCAUACUAAUUUCCAUAGUGGCUGUUCCAAUUUGUAUUCCUACAGCAAUGAUUAAGUGUUCUCCUCUGCUGGCAUCCUUGGCAGCAUAUGACCUCAUUUGUUUUAUUGAUGUUGUGCGUUCUGACUGGAAUAAGAUGAAAUCUCAAAGUAGUUUUAAUUUGCAUUUCCCUAAUCGCUAAGGAUGUUGAACAUUUUUAAGUGUUUAUCAGUCAUUUGUGUUUCAUAUUUGGAAAACACUCUGCUUAGUGUAAAGAUAGGAAAAGCAACAAUUGCUUGUAAUUUGAGGAAAUACUAAGUAAUCUUUUCCUCUGUAGUUGCAGGUUUUGUAGGACUAGAUCCCAGAGUUGCUGCAUGGCUAAUAGAUCCUAGUGACACUGCACCUUCAUUUGAAGAUUUAGUAGCAAAACACCUAGAAAAGUCCAUCAUAGUCAAACCAAGCAGCACAUUUGGUGAUACUUCAGGAAAUAUUGUGAAUCAGAAUGUGUGUUUGAACCUGAGGAUACUCUACGACCUCACGAUGGAUCUCUGUUCCAAGUUGAAGGCUUAUGGCUUAUGGCAACUAUUUUGUACUUUGGAGCUUCCUUUGAUACCAAUUUUGGCAGUGAUGGAAAACCAUAAGAUUCCAGUUGACAAAGAAGAAAUAGAGAGGACUUCGGCACUCCUUGGGGCUCGCCUCAAAGAACUGGAGCAAGAAGCCCAUUUUGUUGCAGGAGAACAGUUUCUUAUAAUGAGUAAUAAUCAGCUUCGUGAAAUCCUCUUUGGAAAACUGAAGCUGCACUUGCUGAGUCAGAGGAAGCAUUUUCCCAGAACUGGGCUGCAGAAACAGUUGUCCACAUCAGAGGCCAUGUUAAAUUCUCUACAAGACCUUCACCCAUUACCCAAGAUAAUUUUGGAAUAUAGACAGGUUCACAAGAUCAAGUCAACUUUUGUAGACGGAUUACUAGCUUAUAUGAAAAAGGGCUCCAUCUCUUCUACGUGGAAUCAGACUGGAACUGUGUCAGGAAGACUUUCAGCCAAGCAUCCUAAUAUCCAAGGUAUUUCCAAGCACCCAAUUCAGAUUUCUAAACCUCGGAAUUUUAAAGGUAAAGAAGAGGAGACGGUCACAAUCUCCCCAAGAACUCUGUUUGUUUCCUCUGAAGGCCACACCUUCCUGGCAGCAGACUUUUCACAGAUUGAAUUGCGCAUUCUUGCACAUUUAUCUGGAGAUCCAGAGCUUUUGAAGUUAUUCCAGGAAUCUGAAAAUGAUGAUGUCUUUUCUACCCUGACUUCACAGUGGAAGGACAUUCCCAUGGAGCAUGUGACACACAUGGACAGAGAACAGACCAAGAAAGUGGUAUACUCUGUGAUCUAUGGAGCAGGGAAAGAGCGGCUUGCUGCUUGCCUUGGAGUCACUGUUCUGGAAGCCACCCACUUUUUGGAGAGAUUUUUGCAGAAGUACAAGAAAAUCAAGGACUUUUCCCAGACAGUUAUUGCCCAGUGUCACCAUGCAGGCUAUGUGACAUCCAUCUUGGGUAGAAGGAGGCCUCUGCCAAGGAUCUGUGCACAGGACCAGAAGCUUCGGGCACAAGCAGAGCGACAGGCAGUAAACUUUGUGGUACAAGGUUCAGCUGCAGACCUCUGUAAGCUAGCCAUGAUCCGCAUCUUUGCUGCAGUGGCCACAUCCCCAACCCUGACAGCCAGGUUAGUUGCCCAAAUUCAUGAUGAGCUGCUGUUUGAAGUGGAAGACUCUCAGAUCCCUGAGUUUGCAGAUCUAGUCAGAAGAAUCAUGGAGUCCUUGCAACAGGUGCAGAGCCUGGACCUGCAGCUGCAGGUGAGGAGACACACAUCUGCCCAGCAUCACUGCCAUAUCCCUCACAGCUGGAGUCAAACCAGGGUGGGCAGGAGGGUCCCACUCUUCAGAGGUCAGGGAGGGCAAAGAAUAAAGCAAGUCCCAGCCUUGUGCACCAGGACCGACAUGCUCCAAGCCUCUACUUGUCCCUCCCCUACUGGAUGACUUGUUCGUUCUAGGUGCCCCUAAAGGUGAAUUUGAGUGUAGGCCGCUCAUGGGGACACCUGGCCCCACUGUAGGAGACCCCGGACUCAUCCUGAGCCACAGCAAAUCUCCCUGCAACAGCCAGCUACCAGGGAGGUCCCUCUUCACUAC